GAGGGUUUAUCAUCGUUGAAUAGUCUUGACUUGCCGGAUCUGUCUCUCGAAUUCCGGCGGUAUAAAACCCUGAUUCCUCCCAACUUUUCGCAGCCGAUUCCGGCUAUGAAGGUUUUCCAUCUCGACCGUGGAAACACUCUCACUGUUUCUCUCUUCUCCGAUGUCACCAACUCCAAUGAGCUCCUGAAUUCGAUGCUAGAUGGAAGUCUGAAGCUGGAGGUCUCAUUUCUCAAUGCAUCACUUAUUACAGAAUCAUUGAAACGAUGUGGGAUUUCGGAAAGCUCUACUUACAUUCUAGCUGCCCGUUUCAAUGCUUCUCCUCUUGAGAUGGAGGAGGUUGCGAAAUUGAUCAACGGAAAGGAAAUUGAUUUGGAGGAGUUGAAGACGCAAGCUAAUCAACCCCAAAUACUAAAGCAUUACAAGAUAACCAGCCAAGAACUCGUGAUUUCCUCUCUCGGAGAUGCGAUUGUUUGCCGGAUCGCUGCACGCGAUGCUCUGUAA